AUUUUCAGCUCCUGUUGCCUCCAUAUUCCAGGCAUAAGAUGAAAAGCUCUGGUCUUGCAUUCAGCCUUCUAUCUGCUGUGUUUUAUCUCCUCUGGACCCCUUCCACUGGGCUGAAGACACUUCAUUUGGGAAGCUGUGUGAUCACCACAAACCUUCAGGAAAUACGAAAUGGAUUUUCUGAGAUACGGGACAGUGUGCAAGCCAAAGAUGGAAACAUGGACAUGAGAAUCUUAAGGAGGACAGGAUCUUUGCAAGAUACAAAGCCUGCAGGUCGCUGCUGCCUCCUCCGUCACUUACUGAGACUCUAUCUGGACAGAGUAUUUAAAAACUACCAGACCCCUGACCAUCAUACCCUUCGGAAGAUCAGUGGUCUUGCCAAUUCCUUUCUCACCAUCAAGAUGGACCUCCGGCUCUGUCAUGCCCACAUGACAUGCCACUGUGGGGAAGAUGCAAUGAAAAAAUACAGCCAUAUUCUGAGUCACUUUGAAGAGCUUGAGCCUCAGGCAGCAGCUGUGAAGGCUUUGGGGGAACUAGACAUUCUUCUGCGAUGGAUGGAGGAGACAGAAUAACAGGAGAAUGAAGAUGCUGCUGGGAUUACUCCAAGCCAUGAGUCCCAGUCCUCAGACCUGUGGAGGCAUAGCCCCAAGCCACCAUCUUUU